CUCCCAGAUCCCUGUACUCUAAAGAGUCAGUGUAUGACCUUCUUGCCAGUGAGCUGCAGUUGCCUCCCACCACUCAGCAGCACCCAGAAGUCAUGAGUCAAAAGAGCGGCGGAGAGGCAGGCUCUCUCCCUUCAGCUCCUCUAGCAUCAGGUAGGAUCCUGCUUUCUCUUUCCUUAUAUCUCAUCUCCAAGCAGGAUUGAUCUUGCCCCACCCAGAAAGGGCAUUACUCAUUUAGCAGUCUAUACCUGUAAGCAAACACCUGCAUGUAUGACGAAAGCCUGUCAAACAAGCAGCCUGCUUCUUUUUGAUUUUCUACAUGUGAAGGGAUAAAAAAAACAGGGCUGGAGAAGGAAGUUAAUGUCACUGAACAUGCCUGCUUGUCUGUACCUGCCUGUUGGGAUGUCAUUUUAGUUUGUCGUUGUAUCCUGCAGCACAAACAGAUCUAAUGUGCGCCAUGUUCAGACCUAAUUAUUCUCAUUAGUAUCACUGAAUCAUAGACUAUAUUAGGGUGUGGUUAAACAUUAUGGACUUAAAAAAAAGAAAGUGGGAAGCUCAGAAAGAUGUUUUUGCUGAAUUAGCUUUGCUGAAGGUGGAACUGUUGUCUUAGAGAAGAAAAUCUUAUUAGUGGGUAAAUAUAGAAGUCCAGAAACAAGGCCCUGGGGUUAAUUAGCUUUUCCACUGCUUGGCAUGACAACAAAAGACUUCGCUUAAAUUAAAUAAUAAUAAUCAUGUUUGCAGUUUUGGUGGGUGGAGAAGGGAAAGAGACUUUGUUUUUGUGCAUUCUCAGGUUGAUGGAUAUGUGAGGAUCAAAUAGAAGUACGACCAUUCAGUUUAAAAGCACGAAGCGAAAUUAAGUGGAAUCGGAAAAGCAUGCAAUGUAGUGUCAGUUUUCUUUUUGGCAUUUGGUAUAUUGCAGUGUCCCCUGACAGUUCAAUGUUAUCUGAAAAUUGUAAAAAAAAAAAUAAUAAUAAAUUAAGAUAAAUGCAUUCACUGAAUUUUAAGGCCCUUUUUUAAACUGCGAAUGUUUUUGUUUUUUUGUCAUCAAAAUUGAGUAUUUGCAAUUAUCUUAUGAAUAUCUCCUUUACUUUGCCUCUUUCUGCUUGUAAUGCAUGAAGAUGAAACGGAUAUAAAGAUCUUUUUUGCAAUUAUAAGUUUUGCAUUGUUCAAUGUGUUGGUCUCAUGAACAGAGUUCUUAAUGUUUUACGUUUCUGAGUUUGAAUUAUUCAUUGUUACUAGCUUUCACCCUUUCUCAGACUGACUUUACCUCUUUGUUUAUUUUUUCCCCCCUUUCUGUGUUCUACAAACUUAUGAAACACCAGAAGAUUUUCAGCAGCUGCUUAACCCUUCUGUGCUCCACUCAUUAUCUAAAAAUGAAGCCUUUGUCAGCAUGUUCAGAGAAAUGUUUGAAUUUUGGAUUCCCAAUUGGGGGAGGGGAAUACUUUUGCAUCAUACUGUGAUAUAUAUAUAUAUAUAUAUAUUCUUUCGUUAUGUUUGAAUCAAUCUUUGUUGUUCAGCUUUUAUUGCUCAUUUGCUGUCUCACCUUUAUAUUCCAGGAAGUUCCCUCUGAAGCAGGGAGUGUCUGCAUUUAAAAUGGUCUGCAGUUCUCUGCUUCGUAGAUGCCUUGUCCUCUUCUCUGACCACGAAAGGCCCUCGCAGUGCUUUUUCCACCAUCUCCAGCACCACCAUGCAUUCCAGCACUUCAACCAGUGACCCGAACUCGGCUCACAGCAGAAAUGUCGAUUCUGAGGACAGCAGGAGCAGCCGAGUGGUACCGGAGAUCAUUGGAGCCGAGUGUGGUAGUGGGAAAAGCAGCAACGGGGAGCUGUCCGGAGGACGAGGUGCAGCUUCACAGGAUGGCCAGGCACACCAUCUACUGACACCGUCCAAGCGCAACAUCCUCAACAUCUCCCCUCCUCCACAAGACCUGUUUGAUGAUAGCCACAUGUCCUGCCAGGGUGACGCAGCACCCUUGGACUCUGAGCAGAGUAACAGCAUCUGGAUGGAGGACUCCAUGUCAAACUUCAGCGUCAUGAGCACUUCUUCUUACAACGACAACACCGAGGUGCCACGAAAGGCCCGCAAGCGUACGCCUCGACAGAAGCCGGGACCUAAGGCUCUGCGCGCAGUAGAAGCCAGCAUGGAUGUCUUCAAUGCAGACAGCGCCAAAGCCCCACACUUUGUCCUGUCUCAGCUCGGCCCAGAGAGCAAGACGUCAGCUAAAGGAAGCUCUGAUGAUCCUCAGACGACUAAUCAAAAGGGAUCAACCUUGACAAUGCAGUUCCCAUCCAAGUGUGAGGGGAAGGAGAUUAAAAUCCUUGUCCAGCCUGAGACUCAGCACCGGGCCCGCUACCUAACCGAAGGCAGCAGAGGCUCAGUAAAGGACCGCACCCAGCAAGGCUUCCCCACUAUAAAGCUGGAGGGUGUGACUGAACCAGUGGUUCUCCAGGUGUUUGUUGGAAACGAUGCUGGGCGCGUGAAGCCGCAUGGAUUUUACCAAGCCUGCAGAGUUACCGGUCGCAACACCACUGCAUGCAAGGAGGUUGAUAUUGAUGGCACAACUGUGAUUGAAGUGUCCCUUGACCCAAGCACAAACAUGACACUGGCAGUGGACUGUGUUGGGAUUUUAAAGCUCCGUAAUGCAGAUGUCGAAGCUCGUAUCGGCGUCGCCGGGUCAAAGAAGAAAAGCACACGUGCUCGCUUGGUGUUUCGGGUCAACGUACCCCGCUCAGAUGGAUCAGUGCUCACUCUGCAGACUCCCUCCUCUCCAAUCCUUUGCACUCAGCCUGCAGGGCUGCCAGAGAUAUUGAAGAAGUCCCUGCACACUGGUUCGGUGAGGGGCGGAGAAGAAGUUUUUAUCAUUGGCAAAAACUUUUUGAAAGACACUAAAAUCAUAUUUCAAGAAAAUGUAACAGAUGAGAAGUCGUGGAAGUCAGAAGCUGAAAUUGACAUGGAGCUGUUUCACCAGAAUCACCUGAUCGUGAAGGUACCCCCGUACCACAACCAGGCCAUCACCUCUCCUGUCUGUGUUGGAAUCUAUGUGGUGACAAACGCUGGCAGGUCCCAUGAUGUUCAGCCAUUCACCUACACUCCAGAUCCUGACAAUCUUGCAGUACAAAAUGAAAUUCCUGUAAAGAAGGAGAUGCCCUCUCCAGUUAAGACCUGUUCUUAUGAUGAGCAAAUCAAAGCUGUAGAUAGUGCCUUAAUGCCUUCGUUGCUGUCUUUAGUAAAGAGAGAAGAUAUCACCCCGAUGGAAGUGACAAACAACCUACAGGCCUCUGGAGUAUUUAAGCAGAAUGGAGAUCUUAGUGCAUCCCCACCCAAUCAAGAUGUAGAAACAUCACGUCUAAAUAACAACAUAGUCUUCAACAAUAACCUGCCUCAAUCUGCAGGUGAUCAAGAUAAAACCAAGGCUGCUGCUUUUACCAAUGUUGAACCUUUAAGCACCAUCCAGAAACAGGAUAUUGCCACUAGCAACUCAUUCCCUUUGCCUGCAGAGUCUUUGCUCUCACAAGGCACCCAGCAGUUCCUCUUGGAGCCCAGAGACGGUCUCAUGCGGGAGAGGUCAGGCAGCACUUCUGCAGGAGUAUCCAGGCUCUGUGUUGAACCUGCCCCCCAGCAGCCACAGCUGCCGCUCUUUCCCCCAGAUGAGGUUGCACAGCUGGAGGAGGCCGUGAGACAACUUAAAGCGAAAGGAUAUUGUAACUUACCCAUCCAGGCAGAAAACCCUAUCGCCGAACAGCAACAGCAACAAAUCCAGCAACAGCAACAAAUCCAGCAACAGCAACAAAUCCAGCAACAGCAACAAAUCCAGCAACAGAUUCAAAACCAGCAAAUUCAACAGCAGCAAAUUCAACAACAGCAAAUUCAACAGCAGCAAAUUCAGCAGCAGCAGCAGCAACAACACAUCCAACACCAACAGCAGAUGCAAAACCAACAGAUUCAGCAGCAGCAGCAACAACAGCAGCAGCAGCAGGUUUUGGAGAAUUUACAACUCUUCCAGUCUCAGAUGCAGAUGCAGUGUGGCAUGUUUCAGGAUGCUGCGCAGGCCAAGAGCUCAGACCUGCAAGGUUCCCCACAGGGAGUGGUGACAAACCAGGCAUCACUUUACCCACCAGAGCAACAGCAGCAAAAUCAGCAGCAGCAACAGGCUGCCCUGUUUCAGCAGGCAAAUGACAUCUGUUCUAUGCAAACCGGCUUCCUCCAGCAGACUACCACCCAUGCCUCACCAACCAUGUUCCACAAUCCCAGUCCUUUGGCUGAAACACAAGAUACACAGGGAUCUAUUUUUCAGAAACCGUCCCAGGAGCAAGUCCAGGCUGCUCUUUUCCAGAACACCAUGACAGUACUGCAGUCUCAAGAGCAACAACAAUCUCCCACACUUUUCCUUCCCCAAACACCGCUGCCCACCGGGCUUACAACUGGAAGUUCACAACAACAGCAGCAGCAGCAGGAGCAGCAGCUGGCCUUCCUCAAUGCUCUACAAUCCUCAUCCCCUGAACAGCAACCAGUAUUUCAGAACCAGGCCCAAAUGCCCCCCAUGCAGCAGAGAAGCCCCAUGGAGCAGCAGCAGUCACCUCAGCCUCCGCCACUUCCACAGCCUUCCCCACAGCCUGCCAUGUUUCAGAACAUUUCUCCUCAUUCAUCUCCAAACACGCUUUCUCCUGGGCAGCUGCAGCAACAGCAGCCUGGCUUAAUGUUCUGCAACAACAACCUGUCCCCACAACCCCAAUCCUCCAACCUCAUCUUUACCAGUCAAGGCCAAAUGCCUCCCCUUACUACCAGCAGUCUGGUUCCACAGGACUCCCAAACCCCCUCUUUGCUGUUUUCCCAGGCCAGUAUGGUGACUGUAAAUCAGCAGAGCCAGCCUGAGCCCAUGGCUUUAGGGAAUCCCACCACUUCACCACAGCAAGUCAUGUUUCAGGAGCAGCAGCCAAUGCAGAUAGGCAACAGCCCCAACAACCAACAGGAGCAGCCAGUGGGUCUCUUCAUCCCUCCAUCCAACAUGCCUCCCAUACAGGGGGGGAUGGCUGUGCAAGAGCUCUCGCAGUCAUCCAUGUUUGCCUCCCAGAAUGGUGUGGCAAACCUUCCGACCACCACCUCCUCUCCUGGCCAGCAGCCAGGCAGUCUGUUUCAACACACCGUGAAUGGGAGCAUCAGUCAGCCCAGCCAGCCUCAACAGCCUGGCCUCUUCAUCUUCGGAAUGCAAAACGAAUGUGGCCAGCUGAUGAACAAUCCCGGAAACACGGUUUCAGAUCAGAUCAUAGCAAUCAGCCAGUCUGGUCAGAACCAGCAAGAAAGCGAGGCCCGCAUCCAGUCCCUGCUCAGCCAGUCUAUAUCCCAGUCUGGGACCGCUGUCCAGGGCAGCAUGGAGGUCUCUCAGAACAUGGAAAAGAUCAAUGAUCUGCUUGUAAGCCUGCAUGAACCAGGCGGCCCUCUCCAGCGCUCAUUCUAAGUGUUAUUAAUGUUGGUAGAUUUUUUUUCUCCUUUUUUUUCUUUUUUUCAAAGAAAAUCUGCAAAUCUGGGGGGAAAAAACCUGUUAAAUAUGCAGAAAGAUCCAAAUGUUAGGGAUUAUUACAUCUGGUUCUGCUCCUGCAGCGCCGAGGCUAGAUUCACACAAGUGCCGACCUUUAUUCAACCAGUCUCUUCAGUCAGAAAUAUUAACGACUAGUCUAAAUAAGAGGGACUUUUAAAUCAAACUGGAUCAUUUCUUUAUAUGCUUAAACCUAGAUUUAGGCAUGGGCUGACUACGACCAAGAAAGCAUCUUUUCUGAGACUUCCUUUUACUAAAACGCGUGAAAAUAGUGACUAACACCUGAUGAGUCUGAUCAGACAAGUAGAAUUCAAACGUUCUUUCACCUGAACUUUUUCUUUUUUUUACUGUAAAUAGCUGCAAUGUGAUGCUAUUUAUAGCAUAGCCUUUUUUUUUUUUUUUUUUUUUUUGUGUUUUGUAUAAUAUUUCCCAAAGAGUUGGCAGUUUUUGUAAUUUAUUCUCCUUAGAUUUUUUUCUACUUUAUUUCAUUAUAUUGCAUUAAAGAUGGAAUGUUUUGUACAGCAGAUAGGGAAAGACGUUGCGGGGUAUGUUUGGUCAAACUGGAAGGUAGCUACUGAUGUAAAUGGUGCAGAUCAUCAUAAAAGGUCCGAGAUGGAAAAAGAAAGCAAAUAAAUAUGAAGUUGAAGAAGAACUGUAGAAAGCAACAAUAGAGGUUUAAUGUAACUAGCUUAAUGUUUGCAGUUUAAAGCCGUUGCCUUAAGUCUGUUGAUGGCAAUAAAUUCAGUCUAAAUCUCUGAAAUACCACAAAAGGAGAUUUUGAUUUUAUUUAUUAUAUGUUAAAUAAGCUUUUUAAGUGCUAUAUAAAUAUAGAUAUAUAUACUGAUGUAUUUACAAGAACGAUGUAGUCCAUUUUACUUUUUAAGCAAGCCUUUAAUUUUUCUAGGUUCAUGCUCAACAUUUUACACUGCAGUGAAAAUGACUAAACUAAGUGACACGUUAUUGAAUAUUAAACAUUUUAUUUAUUUUUUUACAUUAUCUCCAGCAAGUUGCAAAACAUGAUUCAGAUAUACUAUCACUGCAGUCUGUUAAAAUGAUAAAUGUGGUUAUUAUGGAUUACAGCCUACUUAAAAAAAAAAGGGCAUUCACAACUAAAACGUUUGCCGUCUUUAUCCCAAGAUUAAAAAGCAAGGCCAGGUUUUUGUGGAAAAACAAAUAAGAAAAGCACCUUGAAUUUCAUUUGGUUUUAAUUCCGCAGUUUAAAUAAUUUUAUACUUAUUUAGUUUCUUUUUUUUUUUUUUACUCAUGCGUCAUAUAAGCAGCCAUGUUGUAGCUGUUCAUUACCAGAUACCUAGUUUAUUUUUUUAAACCACAUAAAAAAAGGAACAAAUGUGCAUUCUUUUUCUCUUAGAACGUUUAUUUUUAUUGGUUAGUUCUAUAUGUAUCUUCACCCAUAUACAGAUGGAGCAUUAUUUACUUAGUGCAUCACUAUUUCAGUUUGAUGGUUAGAUCAUUGCUUAUUUUCAAUGUCUCUGUUCGGUGGGUGCACAAGAACUGGAGUAGUAUUCGUAAACCAGCUAGAAAUGAGCCAUUUUCUCUAGUUUUGUAAAUACGUUUAAUUAAGUAAAUGUUUAGGUGGAGAGAUACGGUGUCUAUAGUUCUACAUCUGACACCUUAUUGCAUUAAAAUGCUGAAAUUGUGCAUAUUGAUCAGUGACCUUAACACCAAAGUUUGACUCAAUGUGCACAUCCUAAUAAAACGCCAGUUUUAUGGCUCAUUUUUAUUUUGUUUUUCCUUUUCUGUUUUAGGUAAUUUUCACUUUUAAGAUUUGCUUCUCGACAUACCAAAAUGCGUUUUGUCCAGUUGCUUCACUUCACCGUUUUAUUUUGGGUUUUUGUUCGAUCAUCAAGAUAAACAGCUUGAUUGUCUAUAGUUUUUUAUUAGGUGCAUACACAAACAAAAAUCUUUUAUAAUGGUAGCUAUAUUGAGCUGCUUUUUUUGUUUGUUGUUUUUUUUUUUUUGUACAUGUUGGAUCUCAUACAUUAGGACCGUUACAUUUAAGAUUCGCUUUAAAAUCUCAAACAGCUUUGGUGUUCGGACGGAGUUCAUGUAAACUUGACUAAUGUGAUUUGUGGAGCUAGGACGGUUAAAGUAUUGUUGUUUUGUUUUUUCUUUUGUGGUGUUUUAAAGGGACCCUACUCCUGAAGGAAGUGUGACUUGGGAGAGAAUAGCUAUCUGGCUUGCUUCAACUUGUGAAAUAGCUGAACUUAUAUUUCAAAUGUUGAAUAUUUAUGAUUUUCUUUGCUUUUGUUUGUAGAAAGAUGAUUAUAAAUGUAUGUUUCCUUUUUUUAAUUUCUAUAUUAGGUGCAUUUUAGCAGAGAAAUAUAUCUAACUUAUUUGUGCACUGGUGGUUCUUAGAGUUGUGUCCUGCAGUCAUGGUUGUAUUCCCUCUUAAUUAUUGAGGAAUGUGAUUAUUGCCCCCCCACCCCCGCCUCACCCAUUUACCUGCUAACUCCUUUUCUUGCUGGGAGACCCCAAAACUGGGACCAGUCUGCCACUCGUGAGGAGGCCACCUUGCUCUACUGUGACUAAAGUGAAUGUUGUGUUUCUGCACUUGGUAAUAUUUUAAUCAAACCUGGAUCGGAGCUUAGAAUGUUUUUACAGGGUCAGUUAUACCAGAGUUUACUGACUUACUUGUGAUCUAUAUUAGUCUCCAGUUCAAAUUUUUUGUUUUUAUUAAGCAGAAAUUAAUCUUUUAACUUUGUUUUCCACUGAUGAGGAUAAUUAUGGCGACUGUAAUUUCCAAAUUCUCCAAAGUGCCUGAGUGUGUUCAUGUUGUGUUUGCAGCUGUUACUAAACUUUGGAAAACCUCAGAUUGGAAGAGAAUGAGGGUGAACCAUCUUGUGCUGCUGCUGGUGGUGCCUUUUUAAGGAGAGUGGAAUGUUUUAUAUACUAUGAAUGAUGAACAUACAAAUUUCUGUGCAUAGUAAUCCUGUAUAUACCACCUCUAUGUACAUAUUACACUUAUGCAAAAGAUUUUUUCCGACCAAAUAGUUUUUAGCAGGACGAUAUGGCACCAUGCUGUCAGACUCAGUAUUCAUUAUGAAUGUACUGCUCAUUUUGUGAAUCAUUGAUUUAUAAAGAAAAAUCUUUCUUAUAUCCAGAAUGUUUUAGCUGAACGUACUAAAGAGGUAAUUACUUCUCUUGUCUGCGUACGUAUGUUUUAUUACUAUCUUUGCUGAGAUAUAGAAAAGGAGAUGAUUUUUUUUUUUUCAUGAAAGUUCUCAUAUUUUUAGCUAUCGCAUUUGAAGUUUUUUUUUUUACAUUGAAAGUUAUUUUAAUAUCAACAGAGCUUGUCUAAGAUUACAUUUUCCUAUUCAAUAUUCUUUUAAAAAAAAAAACUGCAGAUAUUGCUCACACUGCCUGAGAAGAGAGAACUGUAUUUGUGCCUUUAGAGUUUCUGACUAAAUCCUCAACUAGAAUUUGAAGCCAUACCACCUAAAGUGUGCUUUAAGCGUUUGAUAGUUGCAGCUUUAGCAGUUUGUCUUUUAUUCUGCGUUGGGUAUUUCUCACAUGCAUCCUGCUUAUAAUCAAAUAAGACAUAGAUGAAUCCAUUGCAUUUAUUGAAACUAAUAAAAAUGUACAAAGAAUUUCUAAGAAACUGCUAUGCAGCUGAUAUAGUUCAUGUUUAGAUCUUUUUAGAACAUGUUUUUGUUCCUGUAUAUCCCUCUAUGUUAAAACCACAGCAGAGAAGCUAAAGAAGAUAUUCUGUUAUGUUUAUUUAAGACAACCUUUGAUAAAAGCCCAGUUUUAUUCCUUCUCUCAACAGUGAUCAAAUCGGGGGAAGGGGUCUUUAUGGCUUAUUUUCAGUAAGGGAAAAGUCACAAUUUGUUUUUCUUAGUGUUUUACCAUCUUGCUUAUGUGGUUUAUACUAAUAGACGUCAGUUAGUCUUGCAGUUUACUGGAACAGUGAUUUCUCUAACGCCAUCUGUGUUAUUAUGUAGUGUUUCAUAGUAACUAGAAAUCCAAAUAUGUGCUUACUGGAGUCAUUAAGGUAACAGUGACCAAAAUAAAGAAUGGUAUUUGAAAUUUUAUUCUGAGAUCCCUUUGCAAAUAAAAUAACCCAGGUCAAACUGUUCUCCAUUAAACAGCUGUGGAAAUUAUGUUUCUAACCAUCAGAGCAACUGUCAAUCAUCCCUUAUUAGGGGGAAGAGUCUAUGUAUAUAUUUGGAGUUUGUUUUUGUUACUUAUUUUAUUGCAGUUAAAUUUUGUAAACCAAAUGCAAUCUGUAAAUAAACUAAUAUACUUUACACAUUA